AUGGCUGCUGCAAUUGUGGGACACAUGUCUAAACGAUGUUUUGGCCAUUUUUCGAUGGUUCAUAGAUCAGUCUUCGGUCCACAUACUUUUGCAGAUCCGAUAACAGAUAUUGCAGAGGUAAGAUGAAUCUUCUUUUGGCUUUUCAUUCUUGCUUAGACGUUGUUUUUAGUGCUAAAUGAGAAACUAAUUGUAUUACGACUUUUACAGAUUUUCUUCUGAAUUUCUUUUACGUCAUGGUGAAUAUAGUUAAUCUUUUUAGCUGAAAAAGCCAAUUCCCGAAGAUGACCUCCGCAACUAUAGGUACUUGAAGCCCAUGAACACAGAUCAAGUCCCGGUAUUUUAUCGAGAUCAUGUUAUUGACAAGUUAAUUCGAGUUUGUAUGAAGGAAGGAAAGAAAGAUCUCUCGAGGAGGAAUGUCUAUGCUGCUUUAGAAUUGGUGAAGAGGAUUCAAUAUAAGAAAUGGUUAAAUAAGAAGGAAGACGAAUACGUGGAGUUGGAUCCGUUUGUGAUUGCUAACAAGGCGAUUAGGAAUUGUACUCCCUUAAUGAAAUUAUUACCUUAUGUUAGAGGUGAGUUGGUUUCGUUUUUCUUCUAUAUUUAGAUAUUAUCUCAAAGAACAAAGGGAUUAUUGGCCAGAAAGGAGAUGUAACCGAAAAGUUGACUAAUCUGCGUUGAUUUAGGUGGUGUAACAUACCAGGUUCCCUUCCCCAUUCGGCCAUCUGAAGCAGAGUUCAAGGCAAUGAAGAUGAUGCGAAAUAUAUGCCGGGAGCGCUCCUUCCACGGCGCCACGCAUUUCCCGAAUAUAAUGGCGUCAGAAUUGGUAGCCGCUUUUGAAAACGAAGGGUUGACGGUUCAGGCUAAACAGGAUCUUCAUAAACAAUGCGAGGCCAACAGAGCUUUUGCUCAUUACCGCUCGAAAUAG